GUGUGACCCCUGCAGACUAAACACGAGCCCAUGAACCUUUGCUCAGGAACUAACAUGAAACGAUUUAUUUCAGCUGGCUCAUAAGCUGUUGUACUAUCUCGGUUCCUGUCUCUUCAGACCGUCCGCAUCCAAACACCCCAGGAAUCCCUACAUAGAUUAGACCCGGCGCCGGAAGAUGGAACGGCAACUACCGACGCGUGGGGUACGCGUUUAUGAUUCUCAGAUAACACCAGAACGCCAUGGAGUGAAGCGUGAAUAUGAAGAUCCGGUUACGCCUUUUGCGGACGGUACACAAGUAAGCGAGGGUUUCAGAUUCCUACCUGUGCCUACCGAGACGGAUGAUCUUCAAACGACUUGCACGAAGCUUGAAGAGCUAGCUAAAAUAGUCGAGCAAGGAAACAGUCUCGCACUAUUCACGGGACUACAACUAGCAACAUACCCAUCGAAAAGCGACCCGGAGAGUGUGGCCAUGAGCCAGCUGACAUCGGAAGAGCUGUGGAUGUAUGAGACUUGGAAGGAAAUGAAGACGAGACAAGACACCAAGUCUAAGAACGGUGACCGUUCCUGCAACGAAGGGGAUAGCAAUGGUAUGAAGCUCCCGUACUUCGACUGGGAGCAGAACGUGGCGCCGGUGCCCCAGGGAGCUCAUAGUCUCAAGAGGUUUACGCAGCGGGCGGCGGCCAUGGACGUGGUCUUUGGCCAUCGAGGCGCUACACCUGAAAAUGCUUCCUGGCUUACGUCGCACAUGAUAUUUAUGUUACCCCUCGUAAAAGCUGUCACCAAGGUCACCAACAUCACAAAGAACCUUAAGAACAGUCAUCAGUCGCGCCAGACGCGUGGGUUGACAGACAUGGAGGUGGCCGAGGUUGAAACGGCACGCAAAUUGGUGUCUAUUGCGAACAAGAAUCGGGCUCGAGAAAUGGAAAAGAUUCGCCGGUUGAUGAAAACGAUCGAGGGAUAUGCGUCAAUACUCAGAGAGCGCGCUGAAGCACUGGAGAGACUGAGGCACACCUCGACUAUGCAGCGUCGAUGAAG